GUCAGAUAAAACGAUGCAAGCUCCUCUUUCAUUUCGCUGUCACAGUGUAUAAUUACCUCACCACCAAGCCAGUUCUAGCCAGUCGCCAGUCUAGAAAUCGAAGCCAAAACCUGCUCUCUCUCUCUCUGCUUCGUCUCUCUUGAUGAAAUGAAUCUUCUGGUUCUGGAGUGUUGUGCGUUCAGAAACUUUUUUUGCGAAUAUUCUCUCUGAUUUUCCUCCGAGUUGUAGCUGAAAAGCAAAAUCGAGACAUUGGGAUCCUCGGGAGAUUCUUUCAUCAACUCCGAAGUUUCGCACUCUAAGAGCUACUGCUUUGGUUUAUCGAGGCGUGGAAAGGCUGGAGUAACGAGCACCGACACGCUUUUCUUCGUCUACGACCUGGUUUUGGUUACUUCAAUGGCGUUUUCAGGUUGUGAGAUUUGGUUUGGUGUGUAGUUAUGCAUGAGUUUUUUGGUUCGAUCUUGAAGAGAUUUUUCCUGCUGCGAGUUGAAGGCUUGGAAUAUUUCCUUGUAAUGAGUUAUAUCCAAAGCAAGUAAGAGCAUUGCAAAUACAACUGGACUUUACUGAACCUAUAUGGUCUCAUGGAACGGUUAGAAACUGACAGAUAUUCGGAUGAUCAACGAUCCUUGGGUACCUCUGGGCAAGUUUCAUUGUGCCAUACUAGCGAAAGUUUAAAGCUGCAUGAGAAGUUUAGAAAAGAAAGACAUAGCUUUACAUAUGGUGAGGUCCGUGAUAAUCCUCAUAAGACUUUCAGAAAUCAUCAGAAGGAUGAAAUUUCAGGAAAGAUAACCAAGAAGGAUGAAAUUGUGAGAUACAUGUCGAAUUUACCUUGCUAUCUAGAACGUGGUGAUCGUCUCCCGGAGAAAGUUCUUAGUGUGGGGGUUCUUGAUUGGGGGCGUCUAGAAAAAUGGCAGUAUGGCCACAAACAAAUAUCAACCAGAAGAAGCUGGAAUCCACCAGUCAGAAGUAAUGGAUCUUCAUCCUAUUCAUCUGAUAGCUCGUCUCCCCAUUUUGGUAAAUAUCACAUCUCUCCUCGUCAAAGAUUACAUCGGCCUUCACUCCAUUCUCACCUGUUAGCUUCUCCUCAUUCUCAAUUUGUUAAAUCCUUCGGAGAAAGUGAUGAAAAAUGUCAAGAUCUUGACACGUUAAAUAUCCAAAGCAAGCCCAUAAAGAGAAACCAGCAUUCAUGUAAAACAAAUCGGGAAGUAAAGAUUGAGCAGACAGAGAGAACAGGUCCAGAGACUGAAGUUCUCCAAGAAUAUAAAACUCUGCCAGGUGUGCUGAAUUACGAGGUUGCAUCUUCUCAAUAUGGGGAGCUUAAUCGAGUAGAUAAGUCUCGUGCACAAAUAGAUUCUGCAGAUGGGCAUGAUGUGCUGGAAAAACAUGAAGCAAUUGUCCCUUUGCCCAGCAACUUAGUGAAAAAGAAUGAUACAUAUGUCUGUGAGCUUUCAGAUUCCACUCUCUUAUUAAGUCAAAGGACCAAAGAAGCAAGUCAGAAAAGCUCAAUGAAGAGGUCUAUAGUGAGUUUUUCUGCAGAGCUCAACUCUGAUAUCCCAAACUCGAGCAAUACACCUUGUGAAGCUGAUGGAGAUCAGAUUCUGCUGAAGCAAAAUUGUCUUAUAAAUGCAUCCAGUAAUUCUCGCACUGUAUCCAGGUCAGCUGGAGCAGGACAUAGUCCAUCUCAAGCUAGAAUAUCAGAAGCAAAAACAUCAGUUGUUGCACCUUUAAAUUCAAUGGUCAAGUUGGCGUCUAUUGGAUUGGAUCUGAAAGCAAGCACAGUUUCUGUUAACAAAUCCAGAAGCUCUUCACCCUUUAGUCGAUUAAACAUUGGCAUGGGUAGGAGACGUAAAAGUUCAAGUUCCGUGGGGAAUUCAUGCGACAGUGAUCAAGAUUCAGCAUGCGUAUCUGUCCAAUCUGGAUCUGAGAAUGCGAUGCCUUCAGCUUGUUUGAAUGAGUUGAGGAAUGAUAGGCCCAGCAACACAGGCAGAGCUAGUUCCAGCCCUCUCAGAAGGUUGCUGGAUCCUUUACUAAAGCCAAAGGCUGCAGUAUAUCAUCAUGCUGUAGAGCCCGUAGAGAAAGAUUUGCAUCACACGCCUGAUAAAACAUAUAAUCGACAAUCAGAAUCGUCAACAAUACAACCAAGGAAACAUAAGUUAGACAUGAGCAGAUGCAGGAAAAUCAGUGUCAGCGAUUCAUCUCUCGACAAGAAGCACGGACCUUCUGUAGUUCAUGCCCUUCUGCAAGUUGCAUUUAAGAAUGGGUUGCCUUUGUUUACUUUUGCAGUUGACAAUGUCUCCAACAUUCUUGCAGCUACGGUGAAGAGCUCCAGAAAAGGGACAGUUAGCCAUAUUUUUACCUUCUUCAUUGUUCAAGAAGUUAAAAGAAAGACUGGAAGCUGGAUAAAUCAAGGUAGCAAGGGGAAAGGUCAUGAUUAUGUCUCCAAUGUCGUUGCACAAAUGAACGCUUCUUAUUCCGCGAUUUCCCAGUUUACCAGACCAGAUGUGCCUUCUACCAGAGAGUUUGUCCUGUUUUCUGUGGAUUUGAGACAGGCAGAUCAGCAGACCUCAGAUUUCCUACCAAAUGAAGAGCUAGCUGCUAUAAUUGUUAAAUUUCCCCUAAAGAUCAAGGAAGGCACUGCUACCGAUGAAGUUAAAAUACAUGCUUACAACAACUUGACUAAGGGUGAAUCUAGAGAAUGUUCUCCUCGUUCCAAGGGCAGUGAGCCCUUUAUCACUACCACAGUUUUACUCCCAAGUGGUAUCCAUAGCCUCCCGAGUAAAGGUGGACCGUCAUCACUAAUAGAGCGAUGGAAUUCUGGUGGAUCAUGCGACUGUGGGGGCUGGGAUUUAGGUUGUAAACUCAGGGUUUUUACCAAUCAGAAUCAAAUAAUCGAGAAAUCGAGUUCAUCGCAACCGUCUCCAAUAACAGAUCAGUUUAAGCUUUUCCCUCAGGAUGGAGUACCCGAAAGCCAUUGCGUUUUGAAUCUGGCUACUUUCAAAGAUAUGAUAUACUCAGUUGAGUUCGAUUCUUCUUUGUCACUUCUGCAAGCGUUCUCCAUUUGUCUGGCAAUGAUAGACUGUAAGAACUCAUGCGAACUUUCAGAAUCAAGUAUCUUAUUUGAAGGAAAGACCUCUGGAGAAUCAAAGUUAAUGCACAAUGAUGGAUUGUGGACUCCUAAUCUUGCUGAAAGAGAGGAUCCUGCAGAACACAUAACUUGUCCGCCACUUUCUCCUUUUGGAAGGGUCUAGCUGGAAAUCUGAACUUCCAUAGACGUGUAAAUGAUAUCAGGUAUACAUUUCCAGGCCCGGCAAUCUCAUUUUACUAUUGUUGAUCGGGCUUCACAGAUAGAUCCAGAACCUGAAGAACCUUUUCUUUUUAGAUCUCUGUUCAUUAGUGGUCAAUCUAUACGUAGAUUCUAAGGUCUUCGUAGCUUUUAAUUUUUUCUUUUUGUUGACAAUAGAGGAAACAUAUAGUAUGUACCUUUAAGGGAAGCAAUCAAUAUCCAUCUAAGUGUGUAUAUCCAUGAGUGGAAUGUGUAAAGUUCUUGCUACCUCAUUGCAUACUUUAA